AUGUCCGACACUGAAAACACAGGAGGAUCACCACCAGCUGAUGCAGGCCCAAAAGAAGAGAAAGGUACACAUAUAAAUGUGAAGGUUUCUGAUGGUACACAAGAAGUGUUCUUUAAAGUUAAACGUAAUACCAAAUUUAGAAGAUUAAUGGAAGCCUUUGCUAAAAGACAAGGUACAUCUCCCGACACCAUGCGUUUCUUAGUUGAUGGUGGAAGAGUUCAUGCUGAUCAAACUCCAGAAGAUUUAGAUAUGGAUGAUGGUGAUACUAUUGAAGCCCACCGUGCACAAAUUGGUGGAUGUUUGUAG